AUGGCUGCAACUGCUGGACGCGACGUGUACAUUGUCGAAGCUGUGCGCACGCCUAUUGCCCGUGGCAAGGCUAAUGGUGCCCUCCACAACAUGCAUCCCGUCUCGUUGCUGGCGCAGACGCUCGCCGAACUCGUCUCCCGCGCCAACGUCUCGCCCGAACAUAUCGAGGACGUGAUCGGCGGCGUGGUGACGCCCAAGGGCAAGCAGGGCGCAAACGUGCCUCGCCUCGCUUUGCUCAAGGCCGGCUUUCCGGUCUCGGUCCCGGGAGUCCAGAUCAACCGCAUGUGCGGCUCGUCACAGCAGGCCGCCCAUUUUGCCGCCCAGGCCAUCGCAUCCGGCGACAUGGACGUUGUCGUCGCCUCUGGCGUCGAGAUGAUGUCGGUCGAAAAGAUGGGCUCCGACGUCUCCAUGGAUGGUCUCAGCGAGCUCGUCGCUGACGGCUUCCCACACCAGCUCGUGCACCAGGGCCAGUCUGCUGAGCUGGUUGCCGAAAAGUCGACGUCUCUCAUGUCGCACGCCCGCGCCUCGGCUGCCAUCGCCGCCGGUCAUUUCAACGCACAGACCUUCCCCAUCACCGUCACCGAUGCAGAUGGUCGCGAGUCUGUCUUUUCCCGCGAUGAGGGCGUGCGCGCCAGUAUUGACCGCACCAAGAUGGCUCAGCUCCGCACCAUCUUCAAGGCCGACGGUGUCGUCACCGCUGGCAACGCCUCGCAGGUCUCCGACGGCGCAGCCGCUGUUCUCUUCGCCUCGGGCCCAGCCGCAGAUGCGCUCGGUCUUCGCAAGCGCGCCCGUGUCGUCACCCGCGUCGUUGUCGGCUCCGACCCGGUGCUCAUGCUCGACGGCGUCAUCCCGGCCACCCGCAAGGCGCUCAAGGCCGCCGGCCUCACCAUCGAAGACAUCGACGUCAUUGAGAUUAACGAGGCAUUCGCCUCGGUUGUUCUCGCCUGGCGCAAGGCCCUUGCCCCGCGCGACGGCCUCGCCCGUGUCAACCCCAACGGCGGCUCCAUCGCACAUGGCCACCCGCUGGGCGCCACGGGCUGCGUCCUCCUCACCAAGGCAGUGCACGAGCUCGAGCGCAUCGCCGGUCGCUACGCCCUCGUCGUCAUGUGCAUCGGCCAUGGCCAGGCAACUUGCACCAUCAUUGAGCGCGUCACCUCCUCCAAGCUCUAG